AUGAAUACUUCAUUAAUUACAUCUGAUGGAUAUCCUAGAAAUGAUAUUGAUGUUGUUAGUAUUCGAUUAAUUCGUGUAAGAAUAAUUAGAUUAAAAAAUGAUUAUAAAUUAAUACUUGAAUUAAUUGAUGAUAAAAUGAGUCAAGAAUUUGCUCAACGACAAAUUGAUAAUCCAAUUGGACAAGAUGUAGAAGAAGAGAUGAAUGAUAGUCAGAGUAGGAGAACCAUAGAGUAUACUAUUCCAUUUGCUAGGGUUGCUGAAGUUGUUAAUGGAGGUCCUGCUUUUAAAGCAGGAUUAAAAGAAAAUGAUGAAAUUUUAUUAUUUGAUCAUGAUAUACAUGCUUCAAAUAAUAAUAGGUUAAGAAAUUUAGUAACUAGAGUUAAAAUUGGUAAAACUAUACCUGUUGAAAUUAAAAGAAAUCAAAAUGAAAAAGUAUCAUUGAAUUUAAUACCAUCUGAUGAUUGGGAUGGUCAAGGUUUAUUAGGUUGUAGAUUAUUACCUAUUUAG